AUGCCGCAGGGAAAGGAGGAUACCAGCGAGUUUGAAGGACUUGGUUAUCAUCUAUCUAACUCUCGAGGAAAAGAAAAGGAUAUGAGCCAGCUUGCAUCCCAGAUUGAGUACCUCGAAUAUUUAGUAAAGGAACAGCAAAAACAAAUUGCUUCUUCAGCAAUCGAAGUUCAAAAAAAGGGUGAUCAAGUGCGAGAUUUACAAAAGAAAUUAACUUUAGAGAAAAAUAUUUUUUCUUCGUCAAGCAUUUACUCUCCUGAACAUCUUUUGCCAAAAAGCUUGUCAGCUGAAAUCGAAGGGGUGGUGCCGAAAGGUUGUGAGUCGGGAGAUUUUGAAUCAGCAUCUUCAUUUCCAUCUGAAAAGUCUCAAAAAGAUGGAAGUUAUUCUGACUCCAAAUUCCAACGCAAGCACUUGAUCGCUGGAAUGGACCAAUCGUUUGACAACCCUCCCAGAUUACCACUUGCUCUCAACAAAUAUAAAGCAAACCUACGACUGAACUCACAGAGUUCAUCAUCUGCUUUGGUACCCGACCACUCAGUCGACCCUUUUAGUCUUGGUCCUCCUUUCUUGCAACCCUUUACGGCCUCUUCACAGGCAUUUUAUGGCAGUCAGUCUUUUAAGAAGGGUCCGGAAAAUCCAGCACGCCCGUCGGAUAAUAUUUGCAGUAACAAACUUCAAAACAACGACAGUCGUAAAGAGAUAGAGAUGCCAGAAGUUAGCUCUCAAAAUUACAAAUGGAAGUCUAUCAUUGAACAAAUCGUCUUCAGAAACGACCAGUCGGCAUCCCUAUACUUGCAGCAAAAACUGAAAUCGGAUGACCAAAAUAUGAAGCAUGCCCUUAUUCAAUGCAUACUUCCUUUGUCAUACACUCUUAUGACAAAUAAGUUUGGUAAUUUUUUAAUACAAAAGUGCCUUGAGCAGUGUGAUGAACGACAGCUGGGGGAAUUCGCUCAACAGCUGAAAGCCCAUAUCACCGAGCUUUCAACAAAUGCGUUUGGCUCUCACGUUGUUCAAAAGUCUUUUGAAAUCUAUCCAGAAAGAUUUGCAACCUCUUUAAUCGAUCAAUUAAUGGAGCAAUUGCCAGAGACUUUAUUGCAGAGGCACUCAUGCCACGUAUGGCAGAAGUUUUUGGAGACUAGGAGAAAGUCAUGUGCAAUAGGGACAAUGGAUACAUUCAAUGAAAAACUGACGGGUAACUGGACUCAAAUCGCAAUGAGCGAAAUGGGUAGUUUAGUUGUGCAAACAAUUUUUGAAAACUGUAAAGAACAGGAAAAGCGACCUUGUCUUGAUGAAAUUAUUGAAAAUACUCAUUCCAUAAUUAGUGGGCAAUGGGGAAACUGGGUGAUUCAACACAUCAUUGAGCAUGGAAGUAAAGAUGACCAAGAGACAGUGUUUUUGGAUAUUCUUCGGAACGUUGAAUUUUACAGUACAAAUCAAUAUGCAUCGAAAGUGGUUGAACGAGCGUUACGAGUGAACAAUAGAACCUUUUUUAAUGAUUACGUUGCCCUAAUCACAGAACCGCAAGAUAAAUGGGGAAGGAUCUUGUUGAUGGAUAUUGCAUCUAGCCAAUAUGGAAACUAUAUUGUCCAGCAUUUGUUACAUGCUGCUACACCGUUUCAAAAGCGAUUACUAGCAGAGCUUCUCAGAAAGCAUAUGGUAUCUCUUCGAGGAUAUAAGCAUGGGCAAAAGAUUGCUCUCUUGGUGGAAAAGACAAAGACAUAA